AGCACUGUUUGUUUUCUUGCUUUCCUUAUGGAUCCAAGCAGUGUUUGCCACAUAAGUUGCUUACAUAUUAACGUGUCUGAACUGUGUCAUCGAUAAACAAUAUCCUACUAUUUUAACCUUUAAAACAUGUGAAACAUACUGAAGUUUUAAUAAAUUUGAGCAGUUACUUUACGAGUUUUUUAACAGCGCAAAGAUGAGUGAAGUAAUCGUACUUCUUUUAUUGUCGUUUGCUAUGUUUGCCGGAUGCUACAUAGCUGGAACUAUACCGUUGAUUGUUUCUCUAUCUGAGGAUAAAUUGCAAUUAGUGUCUGUUAUGGGUGCAGGAUUGCUAGUUGGAACAGCACUUUCUGUCAUAAUUCCUGAAGGUGUCAACACUCUUUACUCCGCUCAAAUAAGACAGCUUCAGACAUUGACACACACCCAUUCAAGUGAUAUCACAACCAAAGACAUUCCAGUAACUGCUCAUUCACAUGAUUCUUCAGAAGUUUUGGAGCCUCAUUCUGUCAUUGGUGUUGCUUUAGUUUUAGGUUUUGUUUUUAUGCUUUUAAUUGAUCAAAUAAGCUCACAUGGACGAGUAUCUCAAGAUCCUGAAAGUUCAAUGAAACCAGACAGACAAAAAAUCACAGCAACCAUAGGGCUUGUUGUCCACGCUGCGGCUGAUGGAAUUGCCUUAGGAGCUGCUGUGACUACUUCACAUACUGAUAUUGAAAUAAUUGUUUUUACAGCAAUUAUGUUGCAUAAAGCACCUGCUGCAUUUGGACUUAUAACAUUUCUUAUGCAUGAAGGCCUAGACAGAGCUAGAAUAAAAAAGCACCUUCUUAUAUUUGCUCUUGCAGCCCCAGUACUUGCAAUCGUAACUUAUUUUGGCAUAAGCCAGUCAACCAAAGAAAGAUUGUCUUCUCUAAAUGCUACAGGAAUAGCUAUGCUAUUCAGUGCUGGAACAUUCCUUUAUGUUGCCACUGUACAUGUGCUUCCAGAAAUUACUGUGCAAUCACACAGACAUUCAUUAAAUGGAGAUACUUCUGAGUCCAAAGGAUUCAGAAAGAUAGAACUUCUAGCUCUUGUUGUAGGUGCACUUCUCCCUCUACUAUUAUCAGUUGGUCAUCACCAUUAACUAAAAGUAAAAACUAUGUUUUCAAGUGAAAUACCUGACAAUGAAUGAUUCUCUCCUGGUGUGAUAUAUAGAACAAAAAUGCAUUUAUCACUGUAUAGAUUAUUUAUAUCUUGUCAUAUAAAUGCUGAAUUGUGAGUUUCACUGUCAACCUGUGUAAACAAGAUAUCCAUUAUUGAAAGUAUAUGUAACAUGCAUGUUUACAUUUUAAAAAUAAAGUACUUGA